AUGGCGGCGCCGUUCAGGGCCGCGGCGCGCGCGCUCGCGAGGCUCGCGAGCGGCUCGGUUCGCGACGGCGUCGCGGCGCGCGGCGUCGCGUUCGAGACGACCGCCGCGCGCCAGCGCCCGUCGUCCGGAUCUUCGACGACGGGGGCGCGAUCGCUGACGCGGCGUCGUCAUCUUGAAUAUCUACCGUCGUCGUCGUCGUCGUCGCGCGGGCUCUCCGCGACGCCGUCGUCCUCGCCCGAGCCGUACGUCAUCGUGAACCACCCGAAGCGCUUCGAGGCGGCGUCGGUCCUCCACGCGCGGCCGUGGCACCGACUCGAGGUCCCGGCGCUCGUCAGCGCGGUGACGUCGUCGUACAAGACGGUGGAGUUGGUGGACGGCGUCGAGUGCCCGCUCGCGCCGCCGAGCUCGCCGAGCCGCGACCCGAACGUCGCGUACGACGUGGACUACGCGCACCUCGUGACGCUGUUGAAUCACUUCGGCGUCGCGCCGCCGCCGAGAGGGAGCCGGUUCCACGCGUGCGAGUUGACGCCGUCGCUGAAGCUGCGAUGGGAGCGGCACACGGAGAUUCAGACGUACGCGUUCACGCGGUGUCUUCCGGACGCGGAGACGAGGAGGGCCGUCCUCGAGGCGCCGUUCGACGCGGACAACGUCGCGAUGUCGCUCGUGCCGAAGGAGUGGGCGAGGGAGAUCCCGGGAGGGGUCGUAUGCGCGACGCACGUCGCGGUGAUGACGGACGAGGACCGCGGCGACGGGUCGUCGGAACGACCCUCAGAAGACGCCGCCGCCGCCGGCGCCGCCGCCGGCGCCGCGGAAGCCGAGUCGCCUUCCUCCGCGUCGUCCGUGAUCGACGAGCUGAAGCACUUGUUCGGAGACAGCGACGUCAUCACCGGAUGCGAGCUCGACAAAGGCCGGUUCCGGUGUUUCAGCGACUGGCGCGCGCACGGGGACGGGUUCAAUCGCAUCGUCGCGUAUCACUCCGCGAACGAUAAGCGCGCGUUCGUGCGCUCCGCCGCCGGCAAGGCGGUGCAGCGGAUGCUCGAGCUCGAUAAGUACCGCAUGCUCGCGCUCAUGGCGCUGCCGUUAGCGCAAGGCAUCAGCGCGCGCGUGGACUCGUUGAACGACGAGCUGAAGCACGUCAUGCGGAGCAUGGACGGGGUGGAAAAGCUCGACGCGGGCGCGCAGAGAGAGAUUCUCAACCGCCUCACGCGUCUCGCCGCCGCGGGGUUGAAGCUCAGCGCGAUCGCGCACGACAGGUUCGCCGCGUCGAACGCGUACGCGAAGAUCGUGGACGACCGCGUGUCGUACCUGCAGAUGGAACGCAUCCGCGGCAUCCCCGCGAUGAGCACGUUCAUCACCGCGGCGGUGAACCCGGCGACGAGGACGUGCGCGGCGGCGCAGCGGCGACUGGAUAAAGGCGCGUCCCGUCAUCUCAUACUGGUCCCCAUACGACCCCGUUGGCGUGGUGAACGCCGAUCCUUAAGGACUUUACUUCCCGGCGUCUCUCCUCGCCCACCCCAUCGGUUUCAUCUCGCCAACUCGUCGCAGCUCGCCGCGGAGAUCAUGCGCACGAGCCUGACGUUGGAGCAGCACACGCAGUCGAACGAGAACUUGAGCGAGCUGAAGAAGACGAGCAGCACGCAGCUGAUGAUGCAGCACAACGUGGAGGGGCUGUCCGCGGUGGCGAUCACGUAUUACUCGUUGGGCGUGCUCGGGUACGUGUUGAAGGCGUUGAACGCCGCGCCCGGGGUAUCGCUGCCGAUGUCGACGGAGUUGGCGUUGGGGGGGGCGAUACCGCUGAUAUGGGGCGCGGUGUACGUCGCGAUAGAUAAGAUGAAGAGGGCCGCGAUAGUCGAGGGGGGAGGGAAGAAGCACUAG